GUGGAUUUGUAGAAUUACCACAAGGCACUCACUGUUAAGGGCCUUCCCCAGCUGUACACAUCCUACCUACUCACUCAUCAAGCAUCAAGUGGCAAAAAAACACAGUGGCCUCUGAAGCCAAACUUUGAAUCCUGGCCCUGCCAUUUUGAUAGCUGUGACCUUGGGCCCAUUGUUUCACCUCAGUUUUCCCACUUGUCAAAUGGGAUAAUAUCCAUACCAGCGUCACAGUGUAUGUUGUGACAUUGCAAAAAGCUGAUGUCUGGCUGUUAUUUUUUACAUAUCAAGCACCUUCCACACUCCAGACACUGUCGAGGUCACGGGUAAGCAAAUUUUUUCUAGAAGGCCCAAAUAAUAAAUCUCUUCAGCUUUGUGGGUCUUAAUGUCUCUGCCCAACUAUUCAGCUCUGUUGUUGUAGCCCCAAAGCAGCCAUAGACAAUAAGCAAAUGAAUGGGAGUGGCUGUGUUCCAAUGAAACCUUAUUUAUGGACUCAGAAAUUUGAAUUUCAUAUAUAUUCACAUAUCACCAAAUAUUAUUCUUCCUUUGAUUUUUAUGAAUUAUUAAAAAUGUAAAAACUACUUGUAGCUCGUAAGCUAUGUAAAAAUAAGCGGCAGGUUGGAUUUGGCCCGUGGGCCAUAGUUGGCCUGCCCCUGGUCUAUGCAUGAGAGACACAGAAACUGACGUGUUCCCCGGCCCCCCUCCCCGCCCCACAGGAGUCCAUUGUGCAGACGAGCCUCCCAGAGCCUGGGUAGGUGGUGGGCUCCUUCAUUACCCUCGUGCUAACCUUGUCCCUACCAAGGUCUGUGACCUGGUCUUAAAAGCCACUCUUGCAACCUGGGGCAGGGCGGGGAGUGGCAUCUCAGUUCCAAGCCCUGGCGUUUUAAGCUCUAAUUUCUUUGCAAUAAAUCUCAAAGACUGCAGAGACCCAGUGCACCCGUCUGACAACAGGCGGUGAUCCAGCGAGCUGGACGAGGUCUAACCUGGCGUCAGAGUAGAAUGCAGAGACCCUGCUGGCCGGAAGCCUUGCUGAGCUGGGGGUUUAGAGGUUAUGUGGGCUGGGUUUGAAGCACCUGCACUUGUUUCUUUCUGAGAGGAAAAGCCACAGCAGACUGGAGGACUCGGGGCGGGGGGGGGUGCCUGGACAAGAAGCAAUCCCCAUCUGAAUGUUUGGGGCAGCGUCUCUGGAAGGUGCUAAUGGCCAGUGAGGUUCUCCUGGAGAAAUGGCCUCUGCUAGCCCAGACCCUCUGGACUUCACCCUCAGUCUGCCCCAGCCACCUCCCAGAUUCUCCUCGCCCUGCCCUGAUGACCAGACCCAACCACUAAGCCCAUUCAAGGCACUAUGAGGGCCCCCGUUUCUCCCCCCAUCAAAUCCAAAUCCUUCUGCUUGGUUUCUAAGAACGCCCACACUCAGACCCAAGAAUGACCCUCUCUCAACCCACAGGGAGACCCUGCCAUCCUAUGCCAUCCUUUAUUCCUGCGUAUGCCCUGUGUCCCAGAAGCCCCCACUCCCAUCCUCUGCCAUGUUUGGCCACGACCAGCCUUGACCCUUGUAUAGAGAGACCUUGGGGGUCCCUGGCUGACUCAGUCAGUAGAGCAUGCAACUCUCAAUCUCAGGGCAGGGUUGUGAGUUUGAGCCCCACAUAGAGAGUAGAGCUGACUUAAAAAGAGAGAGAGAGACCUUACAGUGGGGUCACCGAGGAGGUAUUUCAUUGUGCCUCGGUUUCCUUAUCUGCAAAAUGGGACAAUUAAGAGCACCAACGUCAUGGCAUCGCUGAGACUUCAUUAAAACAUGUGUGUCAAGCAUUCCCGGACCAUGUUCCAGAAACGGCACUGGCCAGCAGCAGCACCCAACAGAGAAUCCGAUCACUAAAGAGCUGGCCUGAAGACACUCAACAACAUCAUAUAUUUAAGUAACAAAAAAGAAAGGGCUUUUGUUAAAACGACCCUCUGAGCGGCAGCUAAGUUCUAAGUGGACGGGAAAGUGCCAUCUGGGUGGAAGCUGGCCUCCACCAAAUCCUGACUGUCGUCUUCCGGGAAAGCCCCAGAAGUCCAACGACGUGCCAGGCCCUGCCUGUUGUUUCCGUGAGCUUCGAGAAUCCAGGCUCCCCACCCAAAGCCCCCAAGGUGUGGCCAAAGGUUAACGGGCUCCCAAGGGAGGGCUAGAGGGCCCAUCAGACCAGCCAGAUAGCAGAUAUAAGGGCGGGUCAGAUGAGCCAGAUACCAAAGGAGGAGCAGAGACAGACAAGCCCCAGGAUGGUGUCCCGCAAGGCCGUGGCUGUCCUGCUGAUGGUGCACGUGGCCGUCAUGCUGGCCUCCCAGACGGAAGCCUUCGUUCCCAUCUUCACCCACAGCGAGCUCCAGAGGAUUCGGGAAAAGGAGCGGAACAAAGGGCAAAAGAAGUCCCUGAUUGUACAGCAGAGGUCCGAGGAAGUGGGCCCUCUGGACCCUGUGGAGCCCACAGAGGAAGAAGAAAACGAAGUUAUCAAGCUGACUGCUCCUGUGGCAAUUGGAACGAGGAUGAACUCCAGGCAGCUGGAAAAGUACCGGGCCGCCCUGGAAGGGCUGCUGAGUGAGGUGCUUCUGCCUGCCCGGAACGACAAAUGACAGCCCGCUCCAGGGGAAGGUGGAUGAAACUGGGAGUGCCCUCCCACCCGAGGGAGACCCCGGAAUCUGCAUGCCCCACAGCCGGGCUCCAAAGGAAAAUACUCUCCCAAGCAAGCCCCCUCUGGCAAAUAAAGUGGCAAAUAAACAGAAACGACUCUUUUAUUUAAUAUUUUAAUUUUUAAAGGCCAAACCCCGGGUCAUUGCAUAAAGGGGGGAAAAAUCAAGCUCAGAGGGAGUUAGCUGUAAAUGGCACAUAUACAGUAGCAAAACGUGUGCCUUGGCUAAAUUCUCCGUUCAAAUUAUCACGUGAGACCCACGGAAUUGCAAGAUUUGUGCUGGUGAGGAAACUGAGGUCCAGAGAGAUGGCAUUUUCGGCCCACACACCAGUCGGUGGCAGAGCGAGGAAUUCAGGUCUCCACUUUCUGUUUAUUGGCAAACUCAAGGUCUAGAUGGGCUGGAGAGCCAUAAGACUUCUGUACUCAACCCCUUGCUGAGUAACUUCCAGCUAGCCCUUUAACCUCAAUGAGGCUUUGCAAAAGCCAGGUGGUAAUACGUGCCUUGAGAUGAGGGUACAGGCACGAGCAAAUUACUAUCAUUAUUAUCACCUUGUGACUGCAUGCUCCAGCAUCCACAGCAAAAUUCCACAUUCAACCCACUGAUUUCUGCCUCCUAAACAAAACUGGAUGGGAAAUUUCAUUCUAAUUUAAUGUUACAUUAAUGGAUGCUCAUUUAUUUAUAAACUGGAUGGCCUUAGAGGAAACACAGCUCCCUCUACCCAUAGGUUAUCAGCAAUUAGACAUGAGGCCCAUUCCGUAUUUCCACCCACCC